CGCGAGGUUUUGUUUGCAACAACUGUCAGAUUUUAUGUUUUGGGGUUAUAUUGUUUUACUUUUUUAUUUUUGGUUUCAUAGAACUGUCGUUAUUUUAGUCGUGUCAUCGCCUGAUGUAGUACCAUGAACACUAGUUUUGCAGCAAAAAGUUUAAUAGCAAGUUUCUGUGACUCUCCCAAAGGAAUGCCAAAUUCCACAGUUUCUGAACUGAGGAAACAAUCCUCCUCCAAAACCACAGAAGUCUGUUCAAGGAAGGUUUCACUUGCUUCAUCUGGGUUUCCUAUUGCUCCAAAUGGCCAAGCUGUGAUUACGGCUCUCAGAACUUUGCAAGAUAAGAUCCGUAAUUUAGAACUGGAGAGAGUGCAUGCUGAAGAGAACCUGAAGCGCCUGUCUAGUGAGGCUGUUCUUUAUAAAAAGCUUUUUGGACAAGAGAAUCCUGAACAAGGUGUGCUUCAUGAAGAGAUGAAACAGAAAAAUGAGGUAAGCAAGCAGCUUACUGCAGCUGAGGCUCGUAGUGCAUUACUGGAAAAGCAACUGGAGUAUAUGAAAAGGAUGGUUCAGAAUGCUCAAACUGAGACUAGCUUUGAUUUGGAAAAACAGGCUUCUUUGCAGGUGGACAAAAUCCAAGAAGAAACCAAACUACAGAUGAAACUUGGAAAAUUAGAGUUUCUAGAACAAGAGUACCUCAAACUUAGUGCAACACAGAGUAUAGCUCAGGGCAAAAUUAAACAACUAGAGCAGAAGAUUGUUGAAGAGCAACAUUAUCGAAAACUGAUACAAGAGAAAGCUGCCCAGCUGCAGACUGAUCUUGAAGCUAAUCGAAUUUUGAUGUCCUCUUCGCAAAGUAAGCCAAAAAAGAAAAAUAAGAAAAAACAUCUGACAAAGAAAAUGGGCAGUGGGAUAGGAAUGCCCUCUGAGCACCUAACUUGCAUAAAAUUUGGAGGACUUCCAUUUGUUGCUGGAAAGUCAACAAGCCAGAGUCACUCUGUAACUGCAAAUAUUCAAAGUGUCAUGCACACGCUGAAGCAUUAUGAUACAUAUAAUUAUGAAACGACUGGUCCAGUUUCUGAGUUCAAGUCUCAAGGGAAAAGGAUUUGCAGGCCAGUAACUUCCCAUCCUUUGUCUUCAUCCUCCAGUGAAGGUUUGUCUGGACUCCUUUUGGCUCUCCAGGAUGAAUUUGGUCAUCUGAGCUUUGAACACCAAGAACUAGCAAAACAGAUACACGAUACCAAGAAUGAUGCUGUUCGUGAAGACCUGGAACGUGAACUGGAAACUUUAGUGAAGCAAAUGGAAAUUAAGGGGAAUCAAAUCUCCAUGCUAAAAAAAUAUGAAACCAAUGUGCAGAAGCUGAAGCAGAAGUCUCCCAAAAAGAAACGUUCAGCUAGUGCAGAGCCCAGAUGUGAUAAGCUAAAGGUGGUUAAAGCGAUGCCAGCUUCUCCAAGGAUGACACAGCAGAAGUCCGUACCAGGUCAGAAAAGCAAAAACAGUCUGCAGCUGCUAAAGAAUGUACAGAAACUACAGAUGACCUUAAAAAGAGAUGACAUCACUUGGGAACAAUAAAGGCAUUGGUGUAAAUAUAUAAAUGAUGCAUUUUUAAUGUGUAUUAAGCAGUAAUUGGGUUCCGAUGUGCUACUCUGGUUCUGUGAUUAUUUUAACCCUUGAUAUACAAGUGUACAGCACUUUGAAUGUAUACAUUGUGCUGUGACACAAGAUUUUUUGUUUAAUUGGUUGUCAUAAUUUAGUAUACCUUUUUAUA